UCAUCCUUGUCAUCUUUGAUGGCUAUCCUCCUGGUCAUUCUCUUGGCCUUUUCUUCUCCUAUAUUUUCAGCAGGCCUACCUUCUUCUUCCUUCAUUCCUAAAGAUAACUUCCUCAUUGAUUGUGGUGCUGAGAAUGUAGCCACCCUCCCUGAUGGAAGACAAUUCAAAUCAGACCCACAAGCCAAAUCUUUCUUGCAAGCCAAUGAUGAAUAUAAAGUCUCAGCAGAUGGUGUGAAUGUUCCUUCCCCCAUAUACUCAAAUGCAAGGAUUUUCAUUCAGGAAGCUAAGUACUCCUUCCAUUUGGUUCAACCUGGCUUUCAUUGGGUUAGACUUCAUUUCUACCCCAUUAAAAACAAUGUCUUUGAUCUUCAGAAGGCUACUUUCUCUGUCAAUACAGAUACCUAUGUUCUUCUCCAUAGCUUCAAUGUUAACAAUAAUGAGAAGCCAAUCCUCAAGGAGUACCUCAUCAAUGUAACUCAACCCCAAUUCACCAUAUCCUUCAUUCCCUUGAAGAACUCGGCUGCAUUCAUCAAUGCCAUUGAAGUUGUUUCAGCUCCUGAUAACCUGAUCUUUGACAACGGCGCCGGCCUUUUCCCGGUCGCGGAAUUUACCGGCCUUACAGCUUAUGCUUUCCAACCUGUCUUCAGGCUCAACAAUGGAGGAUCUUUGAUCACCUCAUCAAAUGACACCCUGGCAAGAACUUGGGAAUCUGAUGAGCCUUUCCUCACAAACAAGAACUUGGCAAAGAAUGUCUCAGUGGCUACCAGUGCCAUUAAGUUUCCCAAGGAUACACCAACAAUUUCUCCUUUGAUUGCACCACAAACGGUGUAUGCUUCUGCCACUGAAAUGGGUGAUGCUGGUGUUAACCAGCCAAAUUUCAAUGUCUCAUGGAAAUUUGAUGUUGACACUUCUUUUAGUUACCUUGUUAGAUUGCAUUUCUGUGACAUUGUAAGCAAAGGGCUUAAUGAACUCUACUUUAACGUCUAUGUUAAUGGGAAAAUGGCAAUUCCUAACUUGGAUUUAUCAGCUAUUACUGGUGCAUUGUCAACCCCAUAUUACAAAGACAUUGUAGUCAAUGCAACAUUGAUGUCUCAAGGACUAACAGUUCAGGUUGGACCAGCAAAAUCUGAUGGUGGAGAUGCCAAUGCCAUUUUGAAUGGUAUAGAGGUCUUGAAGAUAAGCAAUUCUGUGAAUAGUUUGGAUGGAGAAUUUGGGGUUGAUGGAAGAAAAGCUAGCGGUUCUAACCGUGGGACAGUUGCAGCAGUUGGAUUUGCCAUGAUGUUUGGAGCAUUUGUUGGUCUUGGUGCUAUGGUGAUCAAGUGGCACAAGAGGCCUCAAGACUGGCAAAAGAGAAAUAGCUUCUCUUCAUGGUUACUUCCUUUACAUGCUGGUGAUACAAGCUUCAUGAGCAGCAAGAACUCGAUGGGAAAGAGCAACUUCUACUCCUCAUCAAUGGGUUUAGGCCGGUUUUUCUCCUUUGCAGAAUUACAAGAAGCCACCAAAAACUUUGAUUCAAAAAACAUUAUUGGUGUUGGUGGAUUUGGUAAUGUCUACUUGGGUGUGAUUGAUGAGGGGACUCAAGUUGCAGUUAAGAGAGGAAAUCCACAAUCAGAACAAGGUAUCACAGAAUUCCAAACUGAAAUUCAAAUGUUGUCCAAGCUUAGACACAGGCAUUUGGUGUCCUUGAUUGGAUACUGCGAUGAGAAUGAAGAAAUGAUCCUGGUUUAUGAAUACAUGCCUAAUGGACAUUUAAGAGACCAUCUUUAUGGAAAGAACAUGCCUUCUCUAUCAUGGAAGCAAAGGUUAGAUAUAUGUAUUGGAGCAGCUCGUGGUCUUCACUAUCUUCACACUGGCACAGCACAAGGUAUCAUUCACCGCGAUGUUAAGACCACUAACAUCUUGCUUGAUGAGAAUUUCACAGCCAAGGUUUCUGAUUUUGGACUUUCAAAGGAUGCACCAAUGGGCCAGGGUCAUGUUAGCACUGCAGUGAAGGGUAGCUUUGGUUAUCUAGACCCUGAGUACUUCAGGAGGCAGCAAUUGACAGAAAAAUCAGAUGUGUACUCUUUUGGGGUGGUUCUUCUAGAGGCAUUAUGUGCAAGGCCAGCCAUUAACCCUCAGUUACCGCGAGAACAAGUUAACUUAGCUGAUUGGGCAAUGCAAUGGAAGAGGAAGGGCUUGCUUGACAAGAUCAUUGACCCUCUCCUUGUUGGUUCAAUUAAUCCUGAAUCUAUGAAGAAGUUUGCUGAGGCUGCUGAGAAGUGUUUGGCUGAUCAUGGAGUUGAUAGGCCUUCAAUGGGAGAUGUUUUGUGGAACUUGGAGUAUGCAUUGCAACUUCAAGAAGCUUUCACACAAGGAAAGGUUGAGGAUGAGACUAAGUCCUCUGCAGCUGUUCCUACUUCACCUGCUCCCACAACACCUUCCACCACCUCUGAUAACCACCCAGUUGCUCCUACAGAAGUAAAUGAUGGUCCACCACAAGUACCAGCUAUUGAUGACCAUUCUGGAACUGCAGCGUUUGCACAGUUUGGUAAUAUCAGUGGCAGGUGA